CCCUCUGGGAUGAAACAACAGUGCUAAGAGCUGGUGUUUCAGGAUCCUCUCUGUAGCAAGAUGCCCUCCUGGUCUAGGACUUGUGUUCUGUGUCCAUGGAAGAAACUGAGGUCACACUCCCAGUGAAAAUUUUGUGGUGAUUCAGAAUGGAGAAAAGCCUGCAGGGGAAAGGUGUGGUCCAUCUGGCCGCCCUCAUUCAGCUACUGCAGGAUCACCUGAGCUAUCUUGCUUGGGGGUGGAGGUGUUUCCAAGAGCUCCAGAUCUAGACCUGCUGUAGAGAAGAUUUCACCUGGCUCCACCUUUGCAGGAGCCGGAUUCCAUCACCUCAGCAGUUUGCUAAGGGGCAGAGUAGACUUCACUUGGUAACUGGUUCAAGAACUUUUCUGGGUGAACCAGAAGGCAAAGCAUUAUGGACUUCUGGCUGGAUACUGGGCGCCGAUGUCACUGCCGCUUCCUGUUAUGGCUGUUCCACUGCAAAAACUAGGGAAGACAUGAGGCAAAUGACUCCCAGGGUCCUAAAAGAUAAGUUUGAAAAGUCCCAAAGUGCUGACAAUCAGAAAUAGGACUCAGAAAGAAAAGCAAGGGUUUUUUGUUUGUUUGUUUUUAAGAGACGGUCUUACGUAUCACCGAUUGGCCUUAAUCUCGCGAUAAUAACUUGCCUCUGUUUCCCCGAGUGUUGGGACUGUGAAGUUUGGGAAGGGUUUCUACUGAAUGCCGUUAGGCGCAAAGAACCCUAUCUAUAAGGUCAAACUGGAACCCACAGCCUCCGCUUGGCCUUGUCCCUCCAUCCAGGUCUUGGGCACCUCUUUAAGCAGACAGAGCGCCACGUCCUCAGCAGAACCUCCAUUGUAGAGGAAUAAUAAACACUUCCCGCCAUCCACAAGCGGGCGAGGCAGGUACGGGAGUUCACGUGAUUGGUUUUUGUGCUACGUCACUUCCUGCGAAGACUGCCUUAGCUUAUGGUAUACAUCCGCCAGUACCGACAGUCUUUGGGAUAGGAGUGAAACUACUUCCGGCCCUCAUGGCGCCCUCCAGAGUUUCCUUCCGGGUGAUGGAGGCGAGUGGCCCGGAUGUAAUACUGGCGAAGGCAUCUUUCCUUUUCUUCCCCGCCUGACUCUGGGUUCCUAGGUCCAGUCAUGCCAAAGAGGAAAGUGACUUUUCAAGGAGUAGGAGAUGAGGAUGAUGAUGAUGAAAUCAGUGUUCCCAAAAAGAAGUUGGUGGACCCUGUGGCCGGAGCAGGGGGUCCUGGGAGCCGCUUCAAAGGCAAACACUCUUUAGACAGUGAUGAGGAAGAUGACGAUGAGGAGGGCUCCAGCAAGUAUGAUAUCCUGGCCUCAGAGGAUGUGGAAGGUCAGGAAGCAGCUACUCUCCCUAGUGAGGGGGGUGUGAGGAUCACACCCUUCAACCUGCAGGAAGAGAUGGAGGAAGGCCACUUUGAUGCUGACGGCAACUACUUCCUGAACCAGGAUGCGCAGAUCCGAGACAGCUGGCUGGACAACAUUGAUUGGGUGAAGAUCAAGGAGCGACCACCUGAUAAGCACCAGGCUUCAGACUCUGAGGAGGAAGAUGGCGUGGGUCAGACUCCAAUGAGUGCCCAAGCCCUCCUGGAGGGACUUUUGGAGCUGUUGUUGCCAAGAGAGACAGUGGCUGGGGCACUUAGGCGCCUGGGGGCCCGAGGAGGAGGCAAAGGGGACAGUAAGGGGACUGGACGGCCUAAUUCCCCACAGCGCCUAGACCGGCUCUGUGGGUUGGCUGAUCAAAUGGUGGCCCGCGGCAAUCUUGGUGUGUACCAGGAAACAAGGGAAAGGUUGGCUAUGCGACUGAAGGGGUUGGGGUGUCGGACCCAGGGAUCCCAUGACCCUACGCCUCCACCCUCCCUGGACAUGUUUGCUGAGGAAGUGACAGAGGGGGAACUAGAAACCCCAACCCCUACCCAUAAAGGAGCAGAGGCAGUGGGAGAUGGUCUGAUGGACGUGAUGUGGGAAUACAAGUGGGAGAACACGGGAGACGCUGAACUGUACGGACCGUUCACCAGUGCCCAGAUGCAGACCUGGGUGAGUGAGGGCUACUUCCCGGAUGGUGUUUAUUGCCGGAAGCUGGACCCUCCAGGUGGUCAGUUCUACAAUUCCAAACGCAUUGAUUUUGAUCUCUACACAUGAGCCUGCUAAAGGCCCAGUAUGGCAGCCCCUUCUUUCUUGGACUUGGCAGAGGAAGCGCCAGCUGCCCUGGGCAGUGAGGAUAUUGGAGGCCAAAUCUCAGCCAGUUUUUCUUUCCCAAUAAAAGCCUUGAGUGUGUGUGCAUCAGGGCCUGGACUGUGCUGAGAACCAGGAGCCAGGGUUUCUCCUCAGCUUGAGUGUUUCCUCCUGAGAGCUUCUCCUCAGGUGCUUUUCCCUGGUGUCUGGGACCAGCUCGGUUUGUUCUCCACCCUUAGUGGCAAUGGUAGGGCCUGCCCGGCAUCCUGUGACCUGCCGUGUAAAAUUCCCUCAGCCACUCUCAUCUUCCUGCAAGUCCUGCUCUGCUGACCUUUGGCUUUUAGGACUCAGAUUCUCUAGCCUGUCGGCCCUCUUGCUGCUGGGACAUGUGAAAGAGUUUGAGACCCGAUUGAGAGCGCACAGGAAGCCUCUUAAACAUGGAUGCUCUUCCCUCUCAUCCAGUUUUUCUGUCCCUUGCAGUAGUUCCCAUGGCUCUUAGGUGAAGUGUACACUUGAUAACUUUUCAAAGCUGCUUGGUCCACCAUGCAGUGUAGAGGCACAGAGAGCAGCAGUGACUUCCUGGAGAUCACGCAGUAAAUUAGAGAGCUGGCCCAGACCCAGUCAACUGCUUCCCCUGACCUUUCUUGGCAUAAAGUUCUUUCUUCCUUGGUCUUUUGGGUCCUGCAGUUUCUAUUUUCCGGGCUUCCACAUCUUUGGCAUAGGGCUGGUGCCUUGAGGAACAUGACUGGACUGGUCCCCUCCAGGAGUGCUGAGUGCUGCGGGAGGCAGGCACGGUCCUGACGACAGUGCUUCACGCCCGCCGGUGCUGUCCUGAGCCCCCCUCACCUGUGCACCCUGGACAUGGAGGUAUCCCGAGAGCCGCAGAGCAUAGGAGCCAGGCUGGGAAUGUGGAAAGUAGGGGCUCUGGCUUGGUUGGGGUGCUGGAUGCAUUAGUUCACUGCCAGUCUAGACCACAGUCUUCCUGACUUGGAGAAGCCCAUUAGUGGUAAGACAUCUACUUACCGUUAGUUGUAAGGUGUUACUGGUUAAAGGAUGGACUUCUUUCAGAGAUAUUUAAUAGUGGAAAGUUGGUGUCUAGGGUGAGUGAAAUCCGGUCAUGUCGGUAGCCUGAGUGAGUGAUCCUGAGUGUUCGGUGAGACGACACCAGGUCCUUCCCUGAGGUGUCCUCCAGGUUCCUCAGAUUUGAGCUACCAUUCUGUGUGCCCUUCCCUGAUGACAUCAGUCCCCGAGAAUAGCCUCCUCCAGAACCCAGACCCUGUGAAUGUGCUUUAUGUGGCACAGGGGGAAAGUGUCAUGCAGAUGUGGUGAAGUUAAGAAUUUUUUAAAAAUUUUUUUGAGAUGAGGUCUCAUUGUGUAUCCCUGGCAGGCCUGGAACUCAUAAGAGAUCUGCUUGCCUCCAGUCCCGAGUGUUGGGAUUAAAUGUGUGAGCCACAGUGCAUAGCAAAAUAGAGAAUUUUUGAAACUGGGAGAUUACCUUUGAUUAUUGGUUUGGGACCAUUGUAAUCACUGGGUCCUUAUGCUGGAAAAGGAACUGAGAGACUCAGCAAGAGAGCAGAGGACUGUGUCGGAAACACGGGAGAGAGACAUAUGCGUCGGGUGCAGGUGGCCUGGAGAAACGAGAAAGACAAAUGGGUUCUUCCCAGACACGCGCAGCAGAGCCUUUGGUACCCAGGGAAACUGACUGUGGGCCCGUGACCUCCAGGGAACCCAAGGAAACUAACUGUGGGCUCGUGACCUCCAGGACUGUAAGAUAAUAAAUCUGUGUGAAGUCA